UUAUUCACUCAAAAAAAUAAAAAUAAAGGAAAAAGGCAGCAAAAAUAGAGAUGAAGAUGAAGAUCGCGAGGGAUUGACAAGGACAUGAAGAAUAUAGGAUGUGUGGCUGAAAACCGGAAAAAUUAUCCUGUUAACCAACAUGAGAGGGUCUAAGGCAAGUUGUAUAUCGAUGGAUAGACUUUCAAAGAAGAAACAUUCAUUAUGCUCGGAUGGUUUUGAUAGAUGUCUCAGUAAAUUGCCUGAUAAUUUGUUGUUGCGUAUCCUUUCUUUACUGCAAAUGAAAGACCGGGUGAGGACUGGCUGUUUGUCAACCAGGUGGAAGAAUCUGUGGAAGCCAAUCUCUAACAUAGACUUCACCCAAACAAACAUGCACAAAACUCCAGAACUCAUUGCAGCCAUCGACAAAACACUCAGUUAUCAUGAUGUUUUACAGGUGAGGGAGUUUCAUGUAAAUGCAGAGAGUGAUAUAUGCUCUAUGAACAAGGUUGGAUCUUGGAUUGAUUUUGUGGUGGGGCACAAUAUUGAAGUGUUGUAUUUGGAUUUGACCCCCCACAACUUAGAAGACAAGUAUCUUCGAUUGCCCUUGAUACCUGCGCGUGUAUUUGAUAGCAAGUCUUUAACGAGACUAACUUUGAAAUUUUGUAGGCUCAAAUUGCCGCCAAAGUUCUGCUUGGCCUCUCUCAAGACCCUUCAUUUUGAAAGAGUGGCUUUUGACAAUGAAGAGUUGGCCAGUCUUUUUAGUAACUGCCCAGUCCUCAAACAUUUAACAUUGAAAAACUGCAAUAGGAAAACUGCUCUUAAAAUUGACGCUAAGAAUUCACAACUUGAGAACUUGGAUAUAGACGAAGACAGUGGUGAUGAAGCGGAUGGUGUACCUGAGUUUGAGAUCUUUGCUCCUAAUCUCCUGACAUUAAAUUUCUUUGGCAAGCCAAAAAGAUCAAAAUAUAUUGCGAUGAACCUCAAGUCUCUUGUGUCUGUCAACUUCAACUUUUUGUAUCCAUCAAAGUUCACCGCCUUUUGGAAGACUCAACUGAUCAUCUAUGGGAAACUCCUUGAGGAUUUUUGGAUGUUCAUUGAUGAUUUCUUGCAUGCUAAAGUUCUCAAACUAAGCUGCUGGUGUACCAUGAGUUUAUCCUUUAAAGAGAUACUAGGUAUAAGCGGUUCACCGUCUGUUUCUGUUACAGACUUGACAUUUGAGACAGAAUUCUGGAAAUGUAACCUCUCUGGAUUGGUCUAUGUUUUGAGAGAUUUUAGCAAACUCGAAGUCCUCACUAUCAAUGUUAUGCGAAACCAUGAUAACAAGUCUGGUGAUUUCUAUAAAGAAGAAAAGAGUGGUAUAAAUGCAUACUGGAAACCAGAUGACUCAUCUGUGCUUGGCCUGCAGCAACACCUAAAAACUGUCAAAAUCAAUGGGUUUUUAGGCAGUUUAGAUACAAGUGCAGAGUUUGAAACCACAACGGAAUCUAUUCUCAAUGCACGAGAUACAGAGUUUGUGUUUGUUAAGUUUCUUUUAAGGAACUUGACUGAACUGGAAACUAUGAUAAUAACCAUUACAGAAGAACUGGAUAAUUUUCCAGCUUUAAAGAAACUUGAUAUACUAUCCCAACUUUCUUCAAGAUUGUUAGCUUUUUCUAAAUCUUCACGGAAGGCUCAAAUUCUUAUUAAUCCUGAUCAACUCACAGAUGCAUGAGGAACAAAUGCACAAGUUUGGCAAUAUAAUUUGAUUUUGGCAAAGAUAUGGUGCUAUGUACCCUAGGAAGGUAACCAUGAAGGAUUGGGAGACUGAAAAUAUUUCUCGGAAAUGAAAAAUGGAUUGGAAUGACGCACCGGAGCAAUACGGUAAAGAAAGGAUUGGAAGACGGUAUGCUUCUCGGAAAUAUUUCGAUCUCUUUCGAUCAAAUUGUUUUUUCUAUUCUAUCAUUGCCUGCAUUCUCUUACAGAUGGACCUCAUUCAUUCCUCUCAUUGUAUGGAUUAAUGAUGAACAAUAAAGCAAGAAUUAUCAUGCAGUCAUUCAAUAUCAGAAAUGGGUUGUUAAAACCUUGCAUGAUUCUCUA